AUGAAUAUGAUUAGGAUCGUCCCAAGAAUAUACCAAAGACUCUCUAGGGAGCGAUCAAGUUUUAAAAGGAUAGCAGAAAGGAAGUACUCGACCAGAAAGGAACACGAAUCACCAUUUGCUAGGUAUCCAUUUCGUAAGCCUCCUUUCAUUAAUUGGAAGACAACAGGUAUCUUUUUUCUUUUAGGAUCAUAUUUGGCUUACAACGAAACACUAUUUGAUGUUUAUGAGUCUUUUACAAACAUAGAUGAAGGGAAUGAAGAUUUGUUGACGACUCAAUUAGAGUAUAAGUUGAAGCAAGUACCAAUCUAUCAAGAAUUAAAUCACCCAAAGCAAAAAAGUAAAUGGAUUCAGCUAAGAACGUGGGAAAAUUUAGACCACAAUGUUAUAGAUAAAAGCAAGGUUGCCAAGUCCAAAUGCGAGGAAGAGUAUGCAAAACCAAGUAUCACUAACGAAGCAUUGGCGAAGCCUGGAGGGUUCUUGAUUCAACCGGUGAUCUUCUUCAACACAGAAACAAAUGAAAGUGUAACUAUUGCCCAUGUCGGUCACAGGUUAUGUGGCUAUCCAUUUAUUAUUCACGGAGGAGUCACAGCAACUUUACUUAAUGAGUCAUUUAAGAGAAAUGCAUCGUUAUCUAAUUUGACUACAUCAAAUUUAAAAGAUGAUUUUAAAGUUGAGAAAUUGAAGAUUAACUAUAAGUUUCCUGUAUUUGCAAACCAAUUUAUUGUCCUCAAAAUCAAACCUGAGGCUGUCUCAAAAGGAAAGCAUAUUGAAUUGACUAGUACUAUUGAAUCAAAAAGCGGUAAGAUACUUGUGAAGGGCGAAGCCGAAUUACAAGAUACUGGGAGGGCGAGCAAGGCGAUCACAAUGAGCAAGAGAUGGAAAAUAUUUUAG